AUGGGCAAAGGUCCAAACCCGCAAUGGAUGAUUUAUCCGGCAAACCCUGAGAAUGCAGUUUCGACGAAUCAGCUUCCUUGUCACACAAGUUAUUAUUACACUGGUGCAGAACCUUGUAUAAGUCUUGAAAAACCUUUUACCAACAUUGUCAACGGCUUAAUCUGUAUAUGGCACAAGAAUCCACGGCAAAUGGAAUUGCUCAAUCUGACCACCAGAGAAAGAAUGGCUCUUCCUCUUCCUCCUGGUAAUCAAAAAGGUAAACCGACUUUUUGUUUGGGAUUUGACCCGGUUAAGAAACAGUAUAAAGUACUCGGGUCUUCUCACACGAGAAAGAAUCGUUACGUUAUGACGCUAAGCAAUGAUAUGUCAUGGAGGAAAGUUGCUAAUCUUCCUCGGGUUCCGAUUUCGAGAAGCCACACUUGUGUUGACGGCGCAAUCUUUUGGAGAAAAGAUUUAUAUGAGGGAGGUAGGAGAGAAGUUCAGUAUUUUGAUAUUGCGGAAGAGAGGUUUAAGUUGCUUAACAUUAAAGAACAAGUAGGUUUGAAAUACUUUGAUAUGAAUUUCGUAACAGAUAUUGGAGGGAAGUUCACUUGGGCGGGAUUACUCAGGACUAGUAAUUUACCUGAGAUUCGUAUAACAUUGUGGACAUUGAUCAACAAGCAUGAUCUGGACUGGGUUGAGUCUCAAGUUCAGAUCCCGAAAUGCCGGAUCCCUAGAAAAAUUAUUUCAUUCAGAAACAUUAGCAUAGUUGGUUGCACAACAGAUUCAAGCAAGGUCCUGAUAAAAUCAUCUUUGAAUACGGGCAAUCAAACUCGAGAUUCUCUGAUCUUUUAUAAUUUGGAGACGCAAGAGUUUAGAACUGUGCAGCUGCGGUUUGAGGAGAUGAAGUUGUCAUCUAAGAUCAUUGGAUUUGAUGUCAGUUUUCAUGUCGAAAACAUUCUUCCUUUGAAUUUUUCAAAUGUACCACCAUCAACAGUUAGUUAA